AGAAAAAAAAAAAAAAAAAAAAAAAGAUCAAAAAAAGUCCACAAGUCACAACGACGGGCAGUCGCAAACCCAAAUAACCUGACAACCCCCAAAGCCCUUGCCGAGUCACGGCUCCCCGUCUUCCUUGUUCCUGUUAGUGCCAGCCCAGCCCAGCCCAGCCCAGCCAGGCCGGACAGCCAGGCCCAGCCAUGGCGAUGCCUUCUUUUCUCUGGGAUCAUGUCGUCGUCGGGUUCAAAUAGUUGCACUCAGUGUGCUGUCCACCUCGACCGACGGCAGCAGCAAGAAAGAAGGGCUGGCGAGCCUCGUGGCCGCUCAGCGUUCGAUCACACCUCGAGUGCAUAGCUACAUGGUGGCCCUGCAUCAAUGGACGUCUUCUGCAGACCACUCACUUGACCUGGCGUGCGGGCGCCUCUCUGCCCACGCUAAGCUAGGCUUGCGUAUGGUCGCCACUGCAUGCCCUGUCAUUCCCCGCCGUCAUUUCAUUAAGCUACACACCUGGCCUGCCUUAACAUGGCCCGCCCCUCCAAAGACUGAGUGCCUACCACCUACCUCUACCUCUACCUACCUCUACCUACCUACCUACCUCUUACCUUACCUCACUUCCACUCCGUCCCAGUUCCAGUUCGAAUUCCUGACGGCCGAAUUUCGAGGUCGUCCUGCUCUUGCUCUCUCUCCAUCUACAGUCGAGACAAGCGACAGACCCCUCCAGUCAGUCCACAGUCACGGUCACAGUUCAUACCGCACCUGACGCACUACCAUCGCCCAGCCCUGGCGCACCUUGCCGCAUUCCGCGUCCAUUAACCGUACCUCUUCUACUGCUUGACAGCUCGAGACAACCCCCCCGCAAACAACAAAAAAUACCCCAAAAGCCAUCACCAGCUCCAGAGCUGCUGCUACGGACUCAAGUACAAUAUAGCACAACGCUUUACGCAUCACGUCGCGCCGCCUCGCAUCCUGCUUCCAUUUCAAACGAACAGGGAACAUCACUGCUGCAUCCAGGCCCGACGUCAAGCCCAUCAGCCGUGAACCCAGUUGCCCCGUCUCCACACAACCUGUUGCCCAACACGGCCCGCAUCAAUCCUUCAGCGACCUUCCUUCACUCGCGCAUCGCUGCCACCAACUCCGUCGACGAAUACCUCGAGCGAUAGCACCGAAUCGAUCUAAACUUAAUUCACAAUGGCGUCGAACCGCCCAGCGGCUUUCAACACCCUCCGGAUGGGAGAAGUGAUCCGUGAGAAGGUACAAGACGGCGUUACAGGAGAGACGCGGGAGAUCCAGUACACCCAAUGCAAGAUUGUCGGCAAUGGCUCGUUUGGUGUCGUCUUCCAGACCAAGCUGUCACCUUCCAAUGAAGAUGCCGCCAUCAAGCGCGUUCUCCAGGACAAGCGCUUCAAGAACCGCGAACUUCAAAUUAUGCGGAUUGUUCGCCACCCCAAUAUUGUCCAGCUCAAGGCCUUCUACUACUCGAACGGCGAACGUAAAGAUGAGGUGUACCUCAACCUGGUGCAAGAGUUUGUUCCAGAGACCGUUUACCGAGCCUCGAGGUUCUUCAACAAGAUGAAGACCACCAUGCCCAUCUUGGAAGUCAAGCUGUACACCUACCAGCUAUUCAGGGCUUUGGCAUAUAUCCACUCGCAAGGAAUUUGCCAUCGCGACAUCAAGCCGCAGAACCUCCUGCUUGACCCUACUACCGGUGUCCUCAAGCUGUGCGACUUUGGCAGCGCAAAGAUUCUGGUGGAGAACGAGCCCAAUGUGUCCUAUAUCUGCUCGCGGUAUUACCGUGCACCUGAAUUGAUCUUCGGUGCUACCAAUUACACGACCAAGAUCGAUGUCUGGUCUACUGGAUGCGUAAUGGCCGAGCUCAUGCUUGGGCAGCCCCUCUUCCCUGGCGAGUCUGGCAUUGACCAGCUGGUGGAGAUCAUCAAGGUCCUCGGAACACCUACUCGGGAGCAGAUUCGAACCAUGAACCCGAACUACAUGGAACACAAGUUUCCUCAGAUCAAGCCUCAUCCGUUCAACAAGGUUUUUAAGAAGGCCGACGCUGAUGCUAUCGACCUCAUCGCCCGUCUUCUUGAGUAUACCCCCACCGAGCGUCUGGCGGCGAUUGAUGCCAUGGUCCAUCCCUUCUUCGAUGAACUCCGGGACCCCAGUACCAGACUUCCCGACUCGAGGCACAACUCUGGAACCGUUAGGGAUCUGCCACCGCUCUUUGACUUUACCCGUCAUGAGCUAUCCAUCGCCCCUCAGCUCAACCACAAGCUUGUUCCUUCGCACAUGAGGCCGGUUCUCGCGUCGAAAGGACUCGAUAUCGACAACUUCACUCCUAUGAACAAGUCGGAGAUGAUGGCCAAGUUAGACUGAAGCUGAUGUCGUUUCGAUACUCAAUGUCGCCGAUCCAUUCCCGAAAUAUGAACGUGGACGAUAUGCGCUGUGAUUCCCGAAUAGCAGAGCGUUGCCUAAGAUUUCGAAGCAAGCGGUUUGACUCGCCGAUCCGAUUAUGACCCAAAAAACCGAAGAACGGAUUAUUUCUGCGUCCACCUGGACGAAACGAAAGCGAUUUCAGAUCACGGCCUAAACCGACGCACAGAUACCCCUCAUCACAAGUGCGCUGGAUCAACCGUGCAAAAAUUCGUGCCGGCCUGGAGGCCGAGAAGAGCCCGGGACAGCCAAGAACGUCUCCGAGCAACUUCCCUCAGCGAAAGGGACUGGUUCACAAAUUGCUUGGUUUCAUGGGAGGAUACUCUCGAGACAUGUUAUGGGCUACACGUAUUUUUUUUUCUAGAUUUCUUAUUUUUCUGCAUGACCGGGAUGGCUUUUGCUUAUUCUUGCCUCAAACCUUUCGUUCAGCAGGAGCGCUCUUUAUUCCCGUGGCAGGCGUCCACAAGAUGGAAGGCGGAAGGCGGUAGGCUGGGAAAGCUUUGUUUGCUUUGUGUGACCUCGUCGGACACUGGCCACUGGCCAAGUCGCUUUGGUUUUAAGGGAAAGAUGGAAGGAAAGAUGGGCGGCAUCAAUGAUAUGAUGGAUUAUGGCAUAUAGGGUAACAGUGUUGGAGUGGGUGAUAGGUUAGGGAGUGGUGAAUGGAUGUGGGGCAUUUGGGUGUUGUAAGGCUUUGCCUGCUAUAACGAGUGUCAGCGAGGUUAUGAGAAGGAUGGGUGGUACCACUUUUCGUGUCUCUUGUGCGUCUCUGUGCCUGUCUCAUGUGUCUGUGUCCUCAGAGUGGGCUGCUGAGGGGGUCCCAAUCGGUCUUGAGAGAGGGUAAACGAUUUACAACGAGUAUGACGGAUCAGUGGUUCACAUGAUUGGGUGACAAUGAAAGAACUGGAUGGAUAGGUAGUUGGAUGGCAGCCGUCAUGUCUAGGUUUCGGCUUAGGUCCACGGAGUUGUGUAUCUUUAGGAAAAGUGUAGAUGGUAAAAGCGGUGGAGUUCAUGCUGGAUUCAACUAUUUGUUGAUCAAGCCCUUUCUCUUCGGGGUUGUAUUGUUUCUCAGUUAUUAUUCGGGGGUCGCAUAAAAUUCUAUGAGGUUUAGUUUAUUAUGAGCUCCAUGAAUUUCACGGUUUAUACACUUCAA